CUAUCAUCAGCUGACGUGUGACAGUGACAAUAAUAAUUAUUAUGACGACGGCGACGAAUCAAAACUUGUUAUAGUGAUUGAUAAAGUAAAAACAAAAUCAAAUUGGAAAGAAUUAUUUAAAGAUAAACCUCGGUAGAUUCCGUAUUUUAUGAUCUGACUUUUUCCACUUCUUAUCUAAGAAAUAUGGAUAAACUAUACAAUACUUUCAAUCCAAAAAUCAUGAGUAAAACAAGGACGGCGGGUGAUGGAAUGGAAUCUGACGAAAACACUUCGGAAAGAGUUCAGGAUGUUGGUACUUACGUUACUAGAACCCCAGAAAGGAAGGGCAGCGCUUUACCUACUCGUUUAGUACAAGUUUACGCUACAAAAGUAAUAAAAUCAGAUAAAAAGAAGUCCAUAAACAUGAAAACACCCAAGUUUGUGCCAUACGAGCCUUACCCAGCGGCUGUGAAGCCGAUGACACCUCAAAUAGCAUCAAAAGAAAUGAAAAAAUCUAGAAAUAAUAUGGACAUUAACACUUUGAUUACUCAAAUGUCUCAAAUGAAUACAAAUUUGAAUGAAUUUAAACCUCGUCCUAAGUUGAACUCUACAGGUGACAAGACUGGUCGAGAUGUUGAUGCACCUAGUCCAGAAAAAAUUGAAAUGCAAAAAAAGAUUGAUAGCUUGACACGUGAAAAUGAAUCACUAAAAGAGCAAUUGAAACAACAAGUCCAGGUCAAUAAAGAGUUGAAAACAAUGCUGGUGGCGUCUAUGGGUGAGGACCUUGAGACACAAGUACAGUCACUGAAUGAAGAUAAAAAACAUUUAGCUAAUGCUUUACUCAGUUCUGCACAACAUUUGUCUACUCAUCAGGAACAAACAGAAUGGCUGGCUGGCCAGUGUGAAGUGUGGAGAAGUAAAUUCUUGGCUAGCAGUUUGAUGGUUGAAGAACUAGCACAAUGUAAGAAAUUAUUGAAUGAAAAGACUGAUAAUUUGCAACAAGCUAUAAAAAAUUUGCUUGACGAAAGAUAUAGGGCAAGGGAUAUGAUGCUAUGUACUUAUAAAAACUUGUACAGUCUACAUGAGAAGUGGCUUGAAAACAUCGCCAUAACUGAAUACACAGGAAACUCUAAAAUGUACAAUCGACCCAUUGGCAACCUAAACUUCAAUGCGACGAUACCACAUUCAACAAAUAUCUUAGACAUGACUUCAGUGAAUUUGAAGCUGGCUGAAAAUAUAAGCAGUUCGGUUGAAAAACAAGAUAUCAGUCAUUUGAAUAGUUUGCCCACAGCCACAGAAGGAGAGAAGUUUGCGGAAUCUGUUAUGGCAACACCUUUGGAUGUGAAAAAGGUGAGUGAGGCACCAGUGAAUGCUCUGGUACACCACGCGUACAGCAGCAGCGGUAACACGGUACGACCUAUCGCCUCCUGUGUACACUGUCAUGGGAAAGUCCAGCUUUUAUAGAUUAGCCAGUAUUAGGGACGAUGAAUAUGAUGAUGUCACUAUUAAAUUUUUAUGCAGUGGAAAUAUUUGAUACAUAUUUGAUUUUUAUUGG